AUGUCUGACGCUCCUCGCCCAUCUCUCAAGCUCACUUUGGGCAAGAAGAAAGCGCCUGAGACGUCUUCGCAGCCACCAGCUCAGCCUCCUCCUCCCUCGUCCGAGACUCCUCAGCGCAAGAUCACACUUAAGAUUGCGCGAAAACCUCAGCCCGCUGAAGAAGAGGAGAAGGCCAAAAAGAAGAGGCCAUCGAAAAAGCGACCCGCGGAAGGGCUCCAUGAACCCGCUGCAGUAGAACCAUCGGUCAAGCCAGCAGGACCGAAACGACUGAAGCUAAACCCUUCCAAAAAACCAGGAGUACAGUCCAUCCGGAUUAAAAACAAAGGCCUCGUCCCCAACCGACCCGUCGGCGUCGGCUACGACUCCGAAGCUUCGGAUACGGAAAUCGAUCCCUGUAUCGAAGAACAAUUCAUCUUACGCAUGCUCCCUGGGGAAGACUGCGAAUAUCUACGCCAGGCGAUCACUGAACGGCGCUUCGACCGGUCAGAAUUCUCAUUCAAACCACUUACCCGCGAGGGCCGGCGCGCCAUUCUUCGUGUGCGAGAUAAGCAGUAUGCGGCAACACUUGUGGACCUACCAUGUAUCAUCGAGGGCAUGAAGAGUUGGGAUCGACGCGGGUGGUAUAAAUCUGCAGAUAUCUGUCAAAUGCUUCUGGUUCUUGGACCCGUGGCGAAUGAUGCGGAAGCUAUGAACUACCCUCUUCCGUCUGAUGUCAAUCUUUUGGACGACAAAACCUUGCAGUAUCCGCAUGGUCUUACUCCUCCCUUGCGCUAUGUGAGGAAGCGACGAUUUCGGGAAAGGCUCAGAACGCGAACGAUCGAGCAAGUAGAAAAAGCGGUAGAGGACCUGAUUGCGCAAGAUGAAGCCGCUCUUGCCUCUCGCUACGAGUUGCUAGACAGAGCAUCUUUGAAUCGGGCAGAGGGUCUGGUCCAAAGUGGGGAGUACUACGAGGAUUAUGAUGAGUACGACGAUGAGCAGGACGCAGAAGGCGAGUUGGACGAGGGCAUGGAAGACAUUGCAGGCGACCAUGAAGGCCUCGAUCCCCUCCUAGAAGAUCUGGAAGCUGCUCUGCGUGGGGACGAGGCACCACCAGCGAUGGCACCUCCGUCUGAUACUGGACUGGCGCAUCUUUAUCAAGCCGGAACGCCAAUGGCCACUAAACCGUCUACACCUGCAGCGGAUACAUCGGGCGAUGAGAGUGAGUCUGAUGCUGAUGAGGCAGAUGUGCCCGAAGAAGAACUCGAUGAAGAGCAACUCGAGCAACAGCGGCAGGUGCAACAGCAUCGUGAAGAAAUCGCUGAGCUUGAGGCCCUCAUUCGUGCUGAGACUGUCAAAUGGGAGAAGAUGCAGAACGCCAUUUUGAAGCACAAGCUUGCCAAGCGUAUUCAAGAUCUCAAGAGGGACUUGUCAUUGAAAAAGGUCUCUGUCGGUGAAGGUGGCGAUGCCGAUACUUGA